AUGGCAACUUUCUCCUAUUUCCAACAUUACCCUAAUUCCCUUCUUGACCCUGUUCUCUUCCCCACACCUAACUCCUCCGUUAAGCUCUCUGGUUUCAUCAACCAAAACACUGCCACGAUCGAAGACACUUCCUUGAACGCGUUUCUUGAUUCGUAUUAUGCUGACAAAACGGAAAACUCUGGUCUUAAGAAACAGAGCAACACCAACACAACCGUCGGUGCUUCUUCUCGAGACGAGCUAAGCCACGGACCAGCCACCACCUCAGCUGGAAACAAGCGUAGGAGGAAUAACAGGAAAGGGUCUAACUCCAUGGAAGGAGUGGAGGAGAGAAAAAGCAAAAAGCAGAGAAAUGGUAGCCCAAGCGACGUCAAAGAAAAGAGAGGAAGAGGAGAAGAGCCUCCCAAAGAUUACAUUCACGUUAGAGCCAGAAGAGGCCAGGCUACAGACAGCCACAGCCUCGCAGAGAGGGUGAGAAGGGAAAAGAUAAGUGAGCGGAUGAGGAUUCUGCAAAACCUUGUUCCGGGCUGUGAUAAGGUAACAGGGAAGGCCCUCAUGUUGGAUGAGAUUAUAAACUAUGUCCAGUCCUUGCAGUAUCAAGUUGAGUUUCUCUCCAUGAAGCUAGCUUCUAUUAGUCCAGUGGACCUUGAUGGCCUCAUCCAAUCCAAGGAAGAGGGAGAAGAAAGAGAGAAGUUUGUAGACAGAAGUGGGUUCAACAGCAACAGCUUCUGUUCGUUCUCCUAA